AGAUCUUCCAUUCGAGGCACUUCUGAGCUAUAUUGCUGGUGGCUUCCUACCUGGUGACUCUGCCCGCCGAGGAAGAUGUCUGAAAAAUUCGAGAUCUUCAACCUGGAUAUGAAGGUCGGGGACACCCUGAAGGUGAAGGGCAAGAUCUCCGGCGAUGCUGAAGGCUUCUCCAUCAACCUCGGCAGCAGCUCCUCGGACCUGGCGCUUCACUUCAACCCCCGCUUCACCGAGACGGUCAUCGUCUGCAACUCCCGCUGCGGCAAUGCCUGGCAGGCCGAGCACCGUGACCACCACUUCUGUUUCUCCAGGGACAGCACUGUCAAGAUCCUCAUUGAAUUCCUGCGAGACAAGUUCAAGGUGACGCUGCCGGAUGAUCACCACGUGGAGUUCCCCAAUCGGCACAGCUUUGACAAGCUCAAGUACAUGAGCAUCAAGGGAGGCUUCAGGGUCACCUCCUUCAAGCUGGAUUGAUGGGCGCCGCUUCCUACAUCCAAUAAAAUCCCAGCUGGAACUCCUUGCUCCAGCUGCUCUGCUUUCUGUGA